GAUUAUUUCGUUUUUUUUCGAUCAGUGGCUUGUAAUGUAAAUGGCUGACUGAAAAAUUGAAACUAUCAACACACACACAUAGUAACAAUAGCAUGGAUCAUUUGAAUUUUAUUUUAUUUUUUUUUUUUUUUUUGACAACAUAAAAAAAUAGUAGAUGUACAUUCGUAGAAUUCUUGGAAAUGAUUUGAUUUUCAUGUCAAUAAUUUUCAGAAUCAGAAUUCAAAUUCAAAUUCAAAUUCAUAUCAGCCAUGACAAUCGAAUAAUAAUAGAACGACAUUAGACUUGAUGAUGAUCAAUGAACGAAAAUGGUUAAAAAGAUUGUAUCCAAUAUUGAAAAAAUUCACCAGAUAAUUUCGGAAACAGUAUGGCUUGUACCACAUUAUCGUCAUUUAAUUCGAGAUUGUUAUGGCCAUCAAUCAGUGCUGGAUGCCCAUCAUGGUGAAAUAAUCAUUGUUCAUAGAACAUUUUGGCAUAAUUGGUUUCCAUCAUUAUGGGCAUUGUUUGUCGGUAUUACAUGGGGAUUUUAUUUUUGUUAUCCAGAAUGGUGUACACAAUAUCAAUUUUGGGUUGUCGUAAAACUUUAUCCACCAGCAUCGGAAAUCUACACCGCAGCCAUGGUUGUCGUAUGGUCCGGUGUAAUCAUAUCGACAGCAUUGUAUGGACUAAGUACUGAUGUCAAAGAUUUCCAAUAUCUUUUAAUAUUGGACAUGAAUAAGAAAAAUAUGAAAAAUUUUGGUUUCAAUCAAAAUGAAUUGAAUGAAUUGAAACAAUUUCAACGUCGAUUAUUGGCUCCAUUUGCAUUAUUUGCAUAUAUAAGUUCAAUUUUCGGUUCAACGGGGCAAUUUUUUCAGGUUUUAGAUAGACAUUUAUGGAAAGAUAAUAACAUUGUUUUGGUAAUUACAUGGUUUUUUGGAUUUCAAUUUUGGGCCAUGUAUGCCGCUUCAUGUAUACAUGUUACUCCUGGACUAAUAAUUAUCAUACAUCGAUAUAUACACAUGAAACAGAAACAAAUCAAGAAAAAAAUGAAUAAUUUAACCAAUCAACUACGAACUGGAAGCCGAAAUUUUUCCACUAGAAAAUCAAUAUUAUUGAUGAGAAAAUAUUUACAACUACAAAUACAACUUGAUCAUUUACAACAUUAUUGUCAACUAUAUGAUCAACAAACUAAACGUUUGUUGACCAUUAUUUGGUCCGGUUAUACAUUGUUAAGUACAUAUUUGACAUAUGUAAUUUUUUUAACAUCAAUACCAUCAGAAUAUCUACCAUUGUAUUAUCUUUUAUUCUUCACACAUUCAUCAUUAUUAUUAUUGUUAACAUAUACGGCAUCCAAAGUAUCACAUCAAAAUCGUCUAUUUAAUCGUUGGAAUCGUCAUACAUUAUAUUCAAUAUUAACAACAUUAUCAUCAUGGCGUAAAAUGUGGAAACAUCAAUUAAUAUUAUUAUCGAUCGAUAAUAUAAAUUCCAUACAAUGUAGCCAUGAUUCUGGAUUCUCAUUGACCAAUGGUUAUGUUAUCACAUGGAAUUCAUAUAUCUAUAUAUUCCAUAAUAUUAGCUCAUUUUUCUUCUUGAUUUUCAAUCGAUUAUUGAAUGAAUGAAUGACAAUUCUGUUUACAAUACAACGACUACACCAAUUUAUUAGAUC